AUGGCCACACAAACCCUAACCCUAAUAAUGCUUCUUCUCCUCACCACCACCACCUUUCAUCUCUCCACAGCUCAAACCAAAGUGAAAGGUGCCUACUGGUUCCCGGAAAGCGAAUUCCCGGCCACCUCCAUAAAUGCCACACUCUUCACUCACCUCUUUUGUGCCUUUGCCACUCUCAGCCCCACCAACUUUCAAAUCUCCAUCUCCUCCUCCUGCUCCUCCUUCACCUCCACCGUCCGUAAAUCCAACCCCUCCAUCAUCACCCUUCUCUCCAUCGGCGGUGGCAGUGCCAACCCCUCGACCUUCUCCUCCAUGGCCAGCCAAUCCUCCUCCAGGGCAUCCUUUAUCAAUUCCACCAUCUCUACUGCAAGAAAUAAUGGUUACUCCGGGGUUGAUAUGGACUGGGAGUAUCCUGCAACAACAACGGACAUGAAAAACUUCUGCACUCUCAUAUCAGAGUUGCGUGCCGCCAUUACUAAAGAAGCCCAAAGCUCCGGCAAGUCAGCUCUUCUCAUCACCGCCGCCGUCAGCGCCACCCCUAAUUUAAACUCUCCAUCAUACCCUGUUUCCUGCAUUAAUACCAACAUAGAUUUUCUUAACAUCAUGGCUUAUGACUUCUACGCUCCAACAUAUACUCCCAAAGUUACAAGCGCACACGCAGCGUUAAAUGAUCCUUCAGGUGGCAUCAGUGGCAGCUCCGGAAUCACUGCAUGGAUAACCGCCGGCAUGCCGGCAAACAAAAUGGUUCUUGGUUUGCCAUUCUAUGGAUAUGCAUGGCAGCUCAAUGAUCCAGCUAAUCAUGGUUUGGGUGCACCUGCAAAUGGAGUGGCUACUGCUACUGGUGUUGGCAUUGAUGCUGAUGAUGGGUCUAUAAGUUUCAAUUACAUUAAGAGUUUUAUUGGGAGUAGUGGUGCAACAACAGUGUAUAAUAGCACUUAUGUAGUGAAUUAUUGUUACUCUGGGAAGACUUGGAUAGGGUAUGAUGAUGUGGAUGCUGUGAGUGCUAAGGUUUCUUAUGUUAAGAAUAAGGGUCUGAAGGGUUACUUUGCAUGGUCAGUUGGUGGAGAUUACAACUGGUCUUUAUCUCAGAAAGCUUCAACAACAUUGGGUUGAUUUGCACCUUAAGGCAAAGAUGAAUGAACUGAUCAAAACAUCUCUAAUUAUAUAUAUACAAAUAUAUAUAUAUAUAGUUAUAAAUAUUAUGUAUGGUGACUCUGUUCAUCUUCUGCUUUGUAAUAUCUGCUAUUAAAGAAAUAAAUAAGGAGACCUUCUUCC